GCUGCUGCACAGAAGAACGGCUCUGUUCUUCACCAGAGAUGAAUACUGCGCUGUGUUAGCUGGCUCGGCUAACAGGCUAACAGGCUAACACCCCCCCUCUCUGCCUGUUGUUACCCGCCUGACGGACACCGCUAACCGGGCUGGUUCCACCCUCGUCUCCGGGUCACGAUGAGCAGCCUGCGGGUGCUCACAUCCAGCGGACCGAGCUGUGCCCGGAGCCUCCUCCCCUGCUAGCUAGCGUUAGCUCCACGGAGCCACUGGAUGUGUGUGUGGCCCGCUCUGCCUGCAUCAUCCUCCCCGGGACUGGUACACUUCACUCCGCUCAGACACAUCACGAUGAAUCUGUUACGUCUCGUUUGCCGCCACAAAACAGCCCUGGUCCUCGGCACUGUUUGCGGCUUUGCCAUAGUUCUUGUCUUCUUGGCCAAGUGUACCUCAGAAACCUUGAAACAGGGCCACCCGGAUCCUCCCGGCUUGGCCCCCCGUGCCAACGUUUUGCAGUCCCGUCCAGAGCAGCACAAUCCCCUCUCUACAGCCAAAGACUUGUCAGCAUUCCUCGUGGUCCUCAUCACAACCGGACCCAAGUACACCGAGCGGAGGAGCAUCAUCCGGAGCACCUGGCUCGCCAAGCGGGACUCCGAUGUUCUUGCCAUGUUUGUGGUGGGAACUCAGGGCCUUUCCAAUGAUGACAUGCAGAACAUCAACACAGAGCAAGGGCGGCACAAAGACCUGCUCCUACUGCCCGACUUACGAGAUUCUUACGAGAACUUGACAAUCAAGCUGCUCCACAUGUACUCCUGGCUGGACCAGAAUGUGGAGUUCAAGUUUGUCUUCAAAGCGGAUGAUGACACAUUUGCUCGCUUGGACCUCCUCAAAGAUGAGCUGAAGGCGAAAGAGCCCAACCGGCUCUACUGGGGCUUCUUCUCAGGGAGAGGCAGGGUGAAAACAGCCGGCAAGUGGCGGGAAAGCGCCUGGGAACUUUGUGACUACUACCUGCCCUAUGCACUGGGCGGGGGCUACUUCCUCUCAGCCGACCUGGUGCGUUACAUCCAUCUCAACGUGGGUUACUUGAAGACGUGGCAGAGCGAGGACGUGUCGCUGGGGGCCUGGCUGGGACCAGUGGAUGUCCGGCGGACGCAUGACCCACGCUUUGACACAGAGUACAAAUCGCGUGGUUGCAACAACAAAUAUCUGGUCACACAUAAGCAGAGCCUGGAGGACAUGCUGGAGAAACACCAGACUCUGCAGCGCGACGGGCGGCUCUGCAAGGAGGAAGUCAGGCUGCGGCUGUCCUAUGUGUACGACUGGAGCGUGCCACCCUCCCAGUGCUGCCAGAGGAAGGAGGGCAUUCCUUAAAUUUGAAACCAUGGAAGUUGGCUUUUGAUUUGUGUCGCCUUACUCUGUGAAAUUAAGGGAUAAGGUUUUUUAAGCCAAUUCAAGACUAUUACAUGGUUUUAAAGUUGUGUAAUAGGUACCAGACAUUACAUUGUAAACACCUUGUUUCUAGUAAAAAACAAACAAACACUUGAAUGAGUUCUUUACGGAAAUGAGAGUAAUUUCACAGAUCUCUUUUCCAUCCAGGACAGAGGAUCUGAAUGGAUAUUGGCUUUAAUAGUCUCCAUAUUAAUUCAGAACAGGUCUGAGAAAUUUUAAUGGAGUGGUUUUUAGAGCUAGUGUUCUUAGAUGAGAGGAAAAAGUCAUUAAAUUACUCUAUUUUCUGCUUCCAUAAACAGAAUAAAGGAUUCAUACAAGUGUUCAAGAGAUGAAAGAAAAAUCAAAUCAAUCUCCACUAAAAUGGAGUUUUAAAAGCACAAAUCUACAACUUCAAAUGGCUGAUAAAUCUUAUCCCUUGUCCCUGGAUCAGAAGCCAUCUUCCACCUUCUCUCUCUGUUGACCUGUAAACUCCUUUGGCCUUGUUACUUGGACCCAUGAUAAUGUCGGUGUCGGUGAUCUCCUUGGCACCUUGUCGUUGGCCUACUUCUCUCACCUCUCUGUGCUUCUUCUGCUGUACCUCUCGCUAAAUAUCUCUCAACUCGAUGUGUGGAGUCUUAAGUGUCGUAGAUAGAAGUGGGAAACGCAGAUGGUAGUCUUCAACCUUGCCAUGAUGCUUUCUUUGUGAAAGCAAUGUUUUUGUAUUUAAUUUAUUAUUAAUUUAUUCCUCAGCAAAUGCACCACACUGGUACUGGGUCGCGACAGGAGCACAGUGGAUGGAGUUUGUUGUGUGUGAGUAGAAUAUGUAUUUAUAAACAUCAUGUAAUUCACAUUACUAAUGGAGAAGAAAUGUUCCCAUGUGAAUGUUUACGGUACAUGAGGUUUAAGGUGUUUGGACGUGCACAGAAUGUGUUUGGGGAAAUGGUUGAAUGUGUUUUAUUCAGCAGGCCUUCUCACUCAUACUAGAGCCUACGUGAGGAGUCUGGGAUGAUAUUUACAUCACUACAUUUUCUUUAUAGAGAUUUCAAGUUUGUGAAUGUUUAUUUGCAGUACACCCCAGAUACAGGCUACGUCCACAUUAAUACUUGCUCGUAAAAUGGCAUACCACUGGUUGUCAAGUCGUGACGGAUGAGACCCAGUCUGGAAUCAAACGUGCAUGACUGCAUCAUCACUUCCAACAGUCUCCGCUUCUGUCUGUCCAGACGAAACCCCAGAGUUUUCAAACUGAAACAGCCAGCAGUGUUUCCAAAGGUCUCCAUUUAAGGGCAUAUGUGUUUGUUUAUCUUUUGGUUUCAAAACGCAUCUUGACCUUUGCUACCUUUACUGACGCCCACACUACUUGUUCAUGUUUCUAAAAUGGAGACUUUUGGAAAUUAUGACGUAUAAACCUUGGUGGGUCUCAUCAGUGGCGAAUCAACUACCAGUAGUGAAUGCAAAGUUUUGCUUGCUAACUCCAGUAUUUCCACUUGGAUUGGAUCAAGAAAAUACAUUUCUGGAUUUUUACCAAUGCAGUUUUUCUUCUGGUUUCAUAGUAUUUCCUGCCACUAACCAACUGACAGCAGAGAAGACAAUCUGCUUCCUGUUGACACCUGUAAACACGUGACAAGUGUAUGUUAAUGGGUCUGUUAUACAUGUUUUCAGGUGUGUUAUUGUGUACAAAGAUUAUUUAUGACCCAGAGCUAAAACACUCGCCUGGACAGAGAUUGUUUUUUGAAACGCUUUUUUAAAAAUGAAAAUGUGUUAGUGUGGUCGUAGCUGGAGAAACUUAGCAGCUGGCACUUUGUCACUUUUUAACCAAGUAAAGGUCCAUAAAUCAUUAUUGUAGACCUAUUUUAUCUGAUGUUCAGCUUUAUAACCUUAACUCACUCUGUGAUGUCAAUAACUGAGUCUCAGAACAUGUGAAAUGUGUACAGCUGCUUUGAAUAAAGGAGAAGACGCAUUAAAGGAUGAACGGUUCAGGAAAUAUAGAGUCACAAGUUUCCCUGUA